UGCCGCGUAUUCGACGUAUUGUGUCUACAAUCCUCCAUCAGUUCGAAUAGUGUUUACUUCGCACGUUUCAUUCAAUCCGUGACCGCUUCUGUGUGUUUUGUGGGGUGUUGUGAAGUUACUGCUUUGUUUCUUCGACGGGAUUAUGAGGAUUUGAACCAGUGAGCCCUUGGCCACGAUGACGUCUGAACCGCCUCCCUUGGUGCUCAGUGAGCUGGAGAAGGGAGAGCUGGUAUGGUUCGAUCCAGGAGUCGGUCAUGCACUGCCGGGAGAGGUCUUGGAGUAUCACAAACCUGCGCAGGUGCUCACAGUGCAAGCUGUCAUAGCUGGGAAGCCACAAGUUUUCUCGUUGACUUCCGCAACUGGGGUAAGGAGAAGGCAAGAUCUCGGACAGAAUGGUGUCGAAGACAUGAUACAACUCUCGGACCUGAACGAAGCGUCGCUACUAUGGAAUUUAAAAAUUCGCUACGACAGAGAACUUAUUUACACUUACGUUGGCAGUAUUCUUGUAGCUGUAAAUCCUUACAAGAUGUACGACAUGUAUGGCCUGGACGUCGUGAAAAAGUACGAGGGGCAGAUUUUAGGAACACUUCCUCCGCACCUGUUUGCCAUCGGGUCUGCGGCUUACGCAGCUCUGCCCAGGAGCUCACAAGUGGUCGUCAUCUCUGGGGAGUCUGGUAGCGGGAAAACUGAGAGUACAAAACUGGUUAUGCAGUAUCUUGCAGCAGUCAACAAAGCCCCCUCCAAUCUCAUCACAGAGCAGAUAUUAGAGGCGUCCCCACUCCUGGAGAGUUUCGGUAACGCAAAGACCGUCCGAAACGACAACUCUUCUCGGUUUGGAAAGUUCCUGGAAGUGCAUUUCAAAGACGGAGUGAUUCUGGGUGCCAAAGUAACGGAGUAUCUGCUAGAGAAGUCGCGUAUAGUGACACAAGCUCCUGAUGAACGCAACUAUCAUGUGUUCUACGAGCUACUGGCUGGACUGAGUGAUGAGACCAAGCUCAAGUACGGUCUGUUGGCAGCCGACAAGUACUUCUACCUAAACCAGGGAGGGAGCUGUGAAAUUGAUGGGAAAUAUGACGCAGAAGAUUUCCAAUCUCUUCUCUCAGCAAUGCAAGUACUCGGUUUCACAUCUGAUGAGCAAGACACCAUCUUCCGCAUUCUGGCUUCAGUACUACACCUGGGCAACGUGUAUUUCCACCGCAAACAGCUGAAGCACGGUCAAGAAGGAGUGGAGAUCGGUUCGGACGCAGAGAUUCGAUGGACUGGACAUCUGUUGCAGCUGAACGUCGACGGUAUCAAGCAGGCGUUGACUACCAAAACUACGGAAGCCCGCAACGAACGAUUGUUUACGGCUCUGACUAUCGAUCAAGCUUUGGAUGCUAGAGAUGCGUUCGCUAAGGCUCUGUACAGUUCGCUAUUUGCUUGGCUUGUUGCUAGAAUCAACCAUAUUGUGUUCAAAGGCACAAAGCGAACUGCUGCCAUCUCAAUCCUGGAUAUUUUCGGGUUUGAAGAUUUUAAGGAGAACAGUUUUGAGCAGCUGUGCAUCAACUAUGCCAAUGAAAACCUUCAGUUCUAUUUUAACAAACACAUCUUCAAGUUGGAACAACAGGAGUACGCCAAGGAGAAGAUAGUAUGGCAGAAUAUUGCCUAUGCUGACAACCUACCAGUGAUUCACUUGUUAUCUAAGAAGCCCGUGGGGAUCCUUCAUCUUCUGGAUGACGAGAGCAACUUCCCCCGCGCGACAGACCUCUCGUUCCUAGAGAAGUGCCACUACAACCACGCUCUCAACGAGCUGUACUCUCGCCCGAGGCUGAAUGGACCGGAGUUCGGUAUCCGUCACUACGCAGGCCCAGUUUGGUACAAUGUGGACGGUUUCUUGGACAAAAAUCGGGAUACUUUAAGGCCUGACGUCGUCGAGUUGUUGAUUUCCAGUUCUUUGCCUAUGGUGAGCAAAAUGUUCACGGCAGUGAGGAGUUCCCAUGAAGCCAAUAAGACCCUCAACAAGAGCAACGGAAGGUUUGUCACCAUGAAGCCGAGAACUCCCACGGUCGCUGCAAGGUUUCAUGACUCUCUUCAGCAACUUCUGGAAAACAUGUCAAAGUGCAAUCCAUGGUUUGUCCGUUGCAUUAAACCCAACAACGACAAAGCUGCAAUGAAAUUUGACAUGCCAACAGUCUUGGAACAACUCAGGUAUUCAGGGAUGCUUGAGACAAUACGGAUCCGUAAACUCGGAUACCCAGUCCGUAUCAGAUUCCCAGAGUUUGCAGACAGAUAUCGGUACCUCCUGCCUCGCAGAAACCUCCCUCCAAGGGGCACGCCCUCUAGGGAGAUAUGUAGCCUCAUUCUCCAAGACCACUCCGGCCAAUAUCAGCUGGGCUCGACCAAGGUGUUUCUACGAGAGAGUCUGGAGCGAGUACUGGAGCAUGAGCGUGCCAGUAUACUCCACCGUGCGGCCGCCAUAGUGCAGCGCAACGUCAGGGGCUUCCUGGCGCGCAAGCACUACCAGGCGGCGCGGCGCAGCGCUGUCAAGCUACAGGCAGCUAUGAGGGGAUGGAAAGAGAGGAAGAAGUUCCUCAAGAUUCGUCGCGGGGUCGUGAAAGCUCAAGCUCACUUCCGAGGAAAGCAGCAGCGACGACGCUACACACAGCUGAAGGAGGAGUUGAAGAAGAGAGCCGAAAUGGCGCGUGAGCGAGCGAAGGUGAAAGCCCAGAAGGAGGAGCAGGAGCGAGCAUCUCGCGCAGUUGCUGGCGUCAACCACCUAGACAUCCCUGCGGAGCUGGCGUUUAUCUUCAACAAACUAGAUGACUGGCAGCCGCCCCACAGUGAGCGACAGCUGGUCAAGGUGGUCGGUCCGGUUGUCGAACGCCCGCAACCGUCUACUCUACCUGGAGACAUCGACCAGCACGCUUUCUCCAAGUUCACCAACAUCUACUUUAAGUCACACGUUUGGGGAAUGAAGAGGGAGCCAAUCAAGACUCCGUUCUUGAAUAAGGCAAAAGAUUCCGAUUUUGCUGAUUCGCUCGCCUUGUUCAAACUGAUCCUGAGAUUCAUGAACGAUGAUUCACUCAGUGGCAAAAAGGAACAAGCGCUCGGAGAUUACAUCGCCUAUAAGGGUAUCAGCAAUGAGCGACUCAGGGAUGAGAUACUGUGUCAGUUGGUCAACCAGACAUGGCGCAACGACGUGGUGGCCAAUAACGAGAGAGGAUGGCUACUGAUGGCCAACUGUCUGUCUGUCUUCCCUCCAUCACACCACCUCUACAAGUUCUUGCUCAAGUAUGUGUCAGACCACGCGUACAAUGGCUACAAGGCUCUGUGUCAACACAAACUCCUGCAGUCGCACGGACAGUGGCCUCGCUCUCUGCCUCCGUCCCUCAUAGAGUGGAGAGCUAACAGGAAGAGAGUCAACAUGGCGCUGCAACUGCAGUUCCCCGACGGUGAGACCACAACAGCGUCAGUAGACUCGUGGACACGUUGUGAGGACCUUUGCUCUACAGUUCUGCAGGCUCGGGGAGUGGCAGAGUCCCACGGCUGGACUCUGUCAUUGGACGAGGCUGGUGAGAGGAACGGACUGGACUAUGUGUUGGACGCCAUCUCUGAACUGGAACUUCCUCCGGCCUUCCCCGUGCAGAAGUCAGCCCCCGUCAUCAGCACAAAGGUACAACCAGCUGAACCCCAACCUACCAACAGACGACCAACUGUCCCUCCGCCACAACCACCACCCGUCAAUGUGGUGCCAGUAUCUGCCAAGGGAAGAUCCAUCUCCCGGGACCACACGACAGACUCUGGUUUGUCCCGUCAGUCCGCUCUCAACGACAGAUACUUCGACAAGCCCGGCCGCUCUCGCAGUCUGGACAAUCUGCUGUCUCCGGUUGCAGCUGCAAGUUCUGUAGGCUCCAAGCUCGAUACGCUUGGACUGUCACACUCACGACUUAACGAGCGUUACCACUCGAUGGAGCGGAUAGCUGAGGCAGAGGUAGCGGAGACAACGAGCAACCGAGCGGACGAAGACAACCUUGAGAGUGUCAGUCAGCGAGGAGAGAACAGAAAAUACAGCCUGACUGGAGCUUCUUCAGACGUCUUGGUGUCUCAUAACCAGUUGGAGUUUGACUUCCCAGAGUUGAGCACAAGGAGUGAAGAUGACAAAGGAUCUUACAUCAGGGGUCAUCCAAGGUUUAUCAAGUCCCAGUACGCAGGCAAGCGUGCCGCACCUGGGAGUCACUCUAGUCGAGCGCAGAUUGAGACGAGGCAUUCGGACAAGUCUGAGUCUGGUGUGAAGAGCUCUGCUCUCUCCGACACUAGUGAAGCUCCAUCUCUAGCGAGUCACGUGAGGAGAGUGAGAGUUCCGUCGCAAGCCUCGGAUGUGGAUCAGUUCCUGGACGAUUUGUUCAGCCCAGUGCUGGAUCAGCUGUCGGACGCAAGGUCACUCGCUGCCUCCAUCAAAGGAGGCUCAUCUAGAUGCGGGGGAGAAGAAGAUUUCAUAAGAGAUGUGUUUGACCCGUUGUUUGUUGACUGCAAGACAGACCCGCAGAUGCUGGUAGCCACAAUCAAAGGAGGAGGACAUACGGCACAACAAGAUAACUCUCAUGGACAACACCAGCAGAUGUACAACAUGCCAAUGUCUCCUCAGCCUGUCAUGUCUCCACUCAUGUCACCUCCGCUGCUCAUGCCUACCAUGCCUCUUUACAACACAUCAGGUUCAGGAGCUGCUAGUAUGGGUUACCCGGUAGACCCAGCCUCAAUGCCUCCUGGGUUCAUGCCUGUGCCUAUAUACAACAUGCAAGGCCUGAGUCUGCCCAACAACCAGUCAAACGGCAACCAGCAGAACGACCCAAAUGUCCUUGCCUACCAAGCUAACCUACACCGGGCCUUCCUGCAGUCUGCCAUGGCGCAGAACAUACAGAUCCAGCAACAGCUGCUCGCGCAGAACCAGGCUCUGCAACAGCUUCUGCAGCAGCAGGCCACCACGCCUGCAGUCAAUGAGACGCCACCACCCUGGGUCGGAUCUCCACCUAAAGGUCGACCAGCUCCACCCCAGUUGUCUAACACCAAAGCACAGCAGGUGCACAAUAGGUCUGGUUCUGGCUCGCCUCAUUCUGCCUUUACUAACGUCUUGUCUGAAUUGAAGAGUCGGAAGUCAUCGGUGGAUUCCAACAUCAAAUCCGUGGUGCCUCCGCCUCCACCAAUGCCGCCCCCACCAGAGUUGGGUGAUCCCAACGAGGUGCGGCCGUUCAUGGACCCGUACGGACGAGCCAAGACUGUCAGGAUCGGCAAGUGGCGUUGGCCUCCGCCUAAGGACGACAAUGAGUCGCCAUUCAUGCAGAUGCAGAUGAAACUGAAACAACGCAGGAAACAUUCCCAGGAGUUGAAUGAAGUUGAUGGUGGAGUCAGUGGUAGCGUUGAGUGGGAGGAGUUUGAAAUCCCAGAUCAGUCGAUUCAAACUUCAACUCCCAACAUCAAACAUGACCUCCAAGUCCAUAAAUCUGCCAUCAAAUCUUUAGAGGUAGGCGCCCAGCGACCUAGUCCAGGCAGUGUAGGCAAACUGAGAAUCAGCUCGGAGAUGAAAUACAAGCUGGAGAUGGUGACGGCCAAUCACAGCCUGAGAAGCACAGGACGGCCGGCCCACCGAGCGCCGCCCAUCCCUGACAUGACUCCGCCCACCCCAGGACCCACCAAGCUUGACAACCAUCGCAAGAAUCUGUUGGCUCAGCAACUAGCCGGGCGAUGGGGAAGUGUUGAGAGUGUUGAGCCUAGAGCCGUCAUCAAGGAGGAACGAUUGGAGAUACAACAAACAAACAUUGUACGCACCCAGGUGGAGAAGUCUACGUCCAUGGGUGGUGUCCGACCACCUCCUCCUCCCGUUACUCCUCUUGCGCCACCUUCCCGAUCUAGUAGCUUCUACAGUCACAGCAACAUGGCACCCAUACAGCCAGUUACUCGGGAUGUCUACGACCAAAGCAUGUUCACAAUGUCUACUUCACAUUCUGAUGCUGUUGACAUGGAGGAGUCGUCAGAGUUUCUUGGCACGGUCGCUGACCCCCUCCCCUCCGUACCAACUCCCCCGGAGGCUCACCCCUCUACCAGGCUCCAUCCCCCCUCCUCUGCCGCACACUUCACUUACAACAGGGUCGCUUGGAAACUCAACGUGCGAAAAGAGGUGUUUUCUCCCAAGGAAGUGGUGUCAAGUCCGCUUGUUUUGCACUUGAUCUUCUGUCAAAUCAUCAACGACUGUCUUCACAAACAGACGCCCAGAAUAAGCCGGGAAGAGCGCAACGAAAUGUUGCAGCUGUUGGAGAGGUUUGGAGUUACAGCGGCCAACUAUCAAUCAGAUAAGCACAAAGCUUCUACCAAACGAGCCGUCGUCGACACAGCCAGGCAUUGGAUGACCUACUUCUCUCGGAUCUUCCCUGUAACAGGAGGCAACCACUACCCGGACGUACAGAUGCUUGCCAUCAGCCAUCUUGGAGUGCGCCUCGCCAGGAAAGACAACGGACAUCUGCGGGUCGUCCAUACUAUCAGCCUAGAGGAGAUCGCAGAGACUGGAGUCAGUAAGGGCGGAGGCUCACUGCAACUGGUGCUGAGCUCUGGUGAGCGUUUCCCACUGUACACAGCACGCGCACGCCAGAUAGACGCAAUCAUCAAUGCGUUCACACGCGAAGCAGCCGGCGCUGCCAACACGACCAUUAAUCGCGAGAUGCACCACGCCAGGAUGGUGGAGGAGAGAGUGAAACCUAUCGACCAUAAAGGUUGGCAGACUGAUAUGCGUCUCAUCACCCCUCCAAGGGACCGGGAGAGAGAGAGGGAAAGGGAUAUACCAAGCCCACGAGAUCACACGCCUACUAUGGCAGACGACGGAAAACACUCGUUGCUACAAUUUGCAAUGCAUCACUUCCGCCAGAGUCCUGAAAAGUUUGAAAUGUUAAAGACUCCUGACGGAAACAUUAGUGGGUCUCUGAAGGUCGUUCAAGGUCAUAAAAAGGGUGACUGGACAUGGAAAGAACAGGUAGACCUAGUAAAGUACUCGCCAGCGCCUAUCUCAGAGUCGCUGCUGAAGUUGCCCCCUGCUCUGGAUCAGCUGGCCGUGGAGUGUUUCCAGUGUGCCAUGAGAUACAUGGGUGACCUCCCCACCACACCUGACCUCACGGAGGUCAAGUGCGUCUACACGAUACUGAUGCACUGUCACAAACAUGAACAGCUGAGAGAUGAAGUCUACUGCCAGCUGAUGAAGCAGACGACAAACAACAAGAGCGAGAGUUGCCAAAGAGGGUGGAGGUUGUUAAGUAUUGUUGCUGCAUACUUUACAUGUUCGGAAACUUUGCGACCUUACCUGCUCAAAUACCUGGAGACAGCCGCCUACGACAAACGCAGAGCUUUCCAUGGAACCGCUAACGUCUGUCUACAAAACCUGCGCAAGACGCUGCGAUACGGAGGACGUAAGAAUGUCCCGAGUGUAGAAGAGGUAACAGCUGUGAGUGCCGGACGUAAUAGCAAGAGACAACUGUACAGACUACCAGGCGGCUCUGAGACAGUCAUCAACACCAAGAGUACAACGGUGGUGCAAGAUGUUAUCCAGGAGAUGUGUUCGCUCAUCAAUGUCCAUGAUCCUCUGGAGAUGGAGGAAUUCUCUCUCUACUGUAUUGUGGAAGGUGAUGCGUUCACUAUGCCACUAGCGAGGGAGGAGUACAUACUGGACGUCACCACGGAACUGUACAAGAACCAACAGGUGUUCUACCUUAUAUUCUGCCGUUCUGUGUGGCAUUUCCCGCUGCGUCUGGACUGUCAGCUGUACGUACAGGUGCUGUUCAACCAGAUUGCUCCGGACUAUCUCGAAGGCCUUCUGUUAGUUUUACCUAACGAACAACUUCCUCAAGAUGUUGUGUAUGAAGUGGCCAAGUUGGCAGCUUUGUUACACCGAGCUGCUGACAUGACCCAUCCGCCGGCCAUGAAAGAGACAAAGUUCCUGCUGCCCAAACCCGCUCUGACCCAGCGAGACAUCAAACCCACCCAGUGGGUCCAGCUGGUACAGUCUCACUGGCCCGGAGUACAGGGACUGCACAGCAUACAGGCCAAGGCUCAACUGCUGGAGAUUCUCAGCAAGUGGCCGCUGUUUGGGUCGAGUUUCUUCGCCGUCAAACGCGGCGGAGACCAACAAAUCCUGGCAUUGAACAGGCACGGAGUUCACUUCCUACACCUUGUCACACAUGAGACGGUGUCCAGUGUGUCCUACUCGGAGGUGAUCUCUACACGCAAGGUGCGAGCCGAGGCAGGAACUCUCUACUUGGAGCUCAAGUGUGGCAACCUGUUCCAACAGAGAGUAGCUCGGCUGCAGACGGACCAGGCUCAUGAGAUCACUCGGUUAAUACGGCAGUACAUGAGCCUGCAUAGACAACGGCUUAAUGCAGAUCACUGAUUUUCAAGAAUCAGUUCAAACUCCGUCCACAACUGGUUUCGUAUGAACCGGCUUACCACUUUGUCUUCCAAGAAAUGUGCAUGUAGAAACUUCUUUAGUGCCAAGAAAGUUUGAUGUAUUUAGAAUCUCUUUUUAGUCUUCAAAUUGUAGAUAAGAUAUAUUUUUAUAGCUAUAUUAUAAUGAAACUUUUCACAAACCACCAUUUUAAAUGUUAGAAUAUCAUAUUAUUCAUGGUGCUCAUUUAAAAUAUUCUUUUACAGUUUGUAAUGUAAAAAAAAAGAUGUUGAAGGUUAUAUUGUUUGGCUGUGGAGCCGUAAGAGAUUACUGUCUACAUUUUAGUAUGUUAAUAUUUUUUUAUAGAUGAAAAUAGAAUUAUGAUAUUGUAAAUCCAAAUUAAUUAAAGUGAAUUUCGUAA